UCUCUUGUCCCUCUCUACAUCCCUCCACCAUUCUUCGUCUCCCUCCUCCAGCUGCGACAGCAACCCAGUGCCGGCUCUAUCCCGCCUGUCUCCACCUCCGCAGGUUAACAGGAUUUCAGGCUGCUACUUUUCCCAAACUUCCCUGCGAAGACUUUUUCAUUCUAGACCUUUUUUGGGUCCUUCACCCUUCCCCUCUGGAGAGGCCGGCUGGUGUGUGCGUGUGUGUGUGUGUGCAUCUCUGUGGUGUGUGUGUCUGGCGUGUGUGCGGCAGCGUGUACAAGGGCUCUGGUGUCGUGCUCUUUGCCCUGAGGGAGUCCCUAAAGGUUGUGACUGGAGGAGAAAAGUUUCCACCACGAUGAAUGUUCAGCUGCUGCUCCUGCUGGCCCUGGUUGGCCCUUUCUGUGCCUUCACACAUGCAAGCCCCACAACGCUCCCGGAAGCUUUCACUGCAGAGCCUCAUACUGACAGCUCAGCAGAUGUCACCGCUGUGGAAACCCAGGCUCCGGAAGUGGACCUUACUGUCAUCACCGGUCCCCCUGCAACCACAGCAGCGGCGGCCCCUGCAGAAGUCACACCAUCAGAAGCUGUCUCUGAGGUGGAUGUUCCGUCCACCACGGUUCAUGCAGAGAUGGAGCCCACCGCUGAGACAGAAGGCCCUGUUCCUGCUACUUCUGGAGCAGUGGAACCCCUUGUCACCAGUUUUCCUCCUGUGGAGACCGCAGCCCCCACUGAGCCACCCGCCCAACCCGAGGUGACGACAGCCGCCCUGGAAGGCGAAGAGAUGCCCAACAAGGACGAAGAAGUUGUCGUUGAGGGCCUGAGCUCCGGCCAAGUAGUCGGCAUCGUGAUUGGCGCUCUGUUGGCAGUGGUCAUCGUCAUCGCCGUGGUGAUAGCUGUGGUGAGGAGGAUGGGAAAAUACUCCCCUUGAGGAAAAAACCAGCCAAGCAGCAGGAGCGCCCAAAGUUCUGGAAAUUCUGAACUACUGAACUGUGAUGUCAUUUCCGAUCAUUAAAACAAGCGCGAUACCAGAACUUAACUAAUCUAACCAGGACUCUGGACUGUAGCCAAAAAAAAGAGGGGGAGGGAGGCUUGUGUGUGUUUAUGUAUAUGUUACAUGUGUGCGAGACAAGAGGGGUACAUAAACAAACAUCCUCACCUCCCCCGCUACCUCCCUGACCCCCCCUGAAGCCGCUGAUAUAAAAGGCUCCCCCCCACUCCCUCAGAGAAAACAAAACAAGGUGACAGCAGGUUGUCACAAAGAAUUUCAGGGCUUUUUAAAUGCAUUUUGUUAAAAAAGGAAGCGAACUAGGGGAUUAUCUGACAUGUAGGGGGAAAAACUAUCUCCUUUACAGUGCAUACUUAUAGUGACUGACUUAGAUUUGUGAUGAAGUUCAGGAAAAGGACACAAAAAUGCGAGAUACUGUUAAACAAAAAGGAAUUGAAAUACAGAUGGAAGGUGGGAAUGAGAAAAAAGCAAGAGAGACUGUUACAAAUUCCACAAGAUGUAUAUACAAUGCAAGGGGACUACAUAGUAUACAGCUAAUGACUUUCUCAUAUGUUGCAGUUGCAUAGGCUAGCAUUUGAUAUUAUGGAAUACACAGUACAUAUAGGCAGCCUUUAGGCGAUUGUUGCGGCCUUCAAAACACCCCUGAGCACCAGUUAAAACAUUUUCUCAUGUAGCCAGAAUCCCUGACAUGUUGGCCAACUGUAUGAAGCACCGUGUGCAGAAGUUGUCCUGACAUUCACACUCGUGAGCUCUGAGGGCUAGCAUGGGGCUAACAGGAACGAAAAAAGGCACCCUCAUUUGCAAGAGUAACGUGACAUUCUGCCCACUUUAACACUGACAUAUAAAAACCUAAUACAUAUCUGUGAAAUUUAGCAGAAGGGUUUGUGCCACUGUCUCUGGUAUUCUCUAGGUAGUUAGGAGGAUUUUAACUUUUGAAGUGCAUUAUUAAUGUGAAUUGACUGUACUUUUUAACUGCCACCCAUUCCAAAAAAAAACAAAAAAAAACCCAGCUUUGUUGACUUCUGGUUUGUUCCAUAUAAAGGCUUUAAACACAGCCAGUGGUUGUUAGACAUAGUGUUAGCAUUGUCUCAACAAUGUAUUCAUAGUACCUCUGUUAAUAGGUAGAUUACCAGAACAGCCGUCCAGUCAUUAAAUUGAGCUAACCCCAGAUUGUGUGCACAGGAUGACAUUUUAUAGUUGCACUUAGUUUUAGUGCACAGUGUUAGGCAGCAAUGCCCUAUUUUGUUAUUUUUUGCAGUUGUAAGUGUGCUAAAUGGGUGUACAAAUAAUGAAGUCUCAGCUUAGCUCUGCUUGCUUUACAAACUCGUUUAAUAUGUGCACUGAAUGAGUGAUGUAAUGUUUAAUGAAUAGGCUUUAGACACUGCAAACGUUUGCAACGACAUGUGUUUGUGUCCUCCCUUCUGCUUUGCCACAUAUUAUCAGUUCUAGGUCUUUAAUUUGUGCCAUCUGAUUUGUUUGAACCUUCUAUUUAAUUGCAGUGUUUUUUUGUUCGUACUGUUUCAAUAAAAAACGGAAAACACUCCACAAAAUAUUUCACUAAA